GUUUCUUUAUUAUUUAACUUAUCUUACUACUUAAGAUAAUGAAAAUUUUAAAAAUUAAAGUAAGUAAUAAUUGAUAAUUUUACGUUAGAAAAAACAUACAAUAUGAAGCUGUUCUAUCUAGUGCCUUUCUGGCUUUUUCCAUUUUGUUUUACUCUUAAUGCAGACUUACAGGUAAAAAUCAGUCAAGGUACUUUAGAAGGGAGAUUACUAUUUAAUGCUGAUAACAAAAGUUUUCGCGCUUUUCAAGGAAUUCCAUACGCCCAACCGCCUCUUGGAUUAUUGAGAUUUCAGCCACCACAAGCCUAUAAACAAUGGAGCGGAAUUCUAAAUGCAACUAAGGACUCCAAUCUAUGUUACUCUAUAACUGGUGAUGAUCCAAAUGAGAGCGAAGACUGUUUGUAUCUUAACGUUUAUACUCCCGUCUUAUAUAACGAUGACAAUUCAAAGCUGCCUGUAUUAUUAUGGAUUCAUGGAGGUGGCUAUACUGAUGGAAAUUCUUUAUAUAGCAAUUUUGGCCCAGAUUUUUUAAUUAACAAGGAUAUAGUUAUUGUUACAAUAAAUUACAGGUUGGGACCUUUUGGCUUCCUAUCUACAGGAGAUACCAUAAUAUCAGGAAAUGCAGGACAUAAGGAUCAGGCUGCCGCAAUCAAGUGGACCUUUGAAAACAUCCAGGCGUUUGGAGGAAACCCCCAAGCAAUAACGAUUUCUGGACAAAGUGCCGGUGGGUCUUCUGUGGGAUAUCAAUUGCUUUAUAAGAAAAACGAAGGUUUGUUUAGAGGAGCUAUCUUAGAAAGCGGAAGUCCUCUAAGCCCGUGGAGUUAUCAAGAUUCAACAAUUGCUAGAAGUUAUGCUUUUGAUCUAGCAAAACAAAUUAAUGAGAGCAUUGACUUGUCCAAUAGCUCUAGUCUUUUGAAAGAAUUUUUGUUAUCCGUUGAUGGAAAGGCCAUUAAUAGUGCUUCCGCCCAGAUCCAACAACGUCCUCUGCCUGUUAUAGAACCCAAUACUGAAGAUGCUUUUUUGACCCAGAGCCAAUAUAGUUUAUUAGAGAAUGGAGAUUUUAUAAAGGUACCCCUAAUUAUGGGUACUACUUCCGAAGAAGACCUUAGCCAGGGUAAAGAUUUACACAACUUAAAGAGAAAACUUCAAAGCUAUGAAGAUAACCCUGAAAAGUUUAUUCCUAAUGAUUUCACCGUGAUCGAAGGAGUAUCAAAAUCAUUUAUUGGGGAACAGGUGAAAGAUUUGUACUUUAAAAAUGUAACGGAUGAGGAUAUUAAAAUGGGUCAUCUGAUAAAGUUUCUAAGCCAUACAACUUAUGCAUCCCCAGUAGUUAAACAUGCAGACUUGGCAUCUAACUAUACCAAGGUGUACUUUUACAUAUUUUCCUAUGAUGGACUCAUGGGAAACGUAAAUAUUACGGUUAAAGGCGCUGACAAAGUUGAGCAUGCAGAAGAUCCUAAAUAUCUAUUUUUGAAAUAUGACGAUAGUUAUUCCAACACCGAUUUAUCUCGUUUUCCGAAAGAAGAUAUCUUAACACAUUAUAGAUUAAUAGAGCUGUGGACUAAUUUCGUUAAAUAUUUAGAGCCAACUCCUAUUAAGUCAGAAUUGCUGCAAAAUAUUACUUGGCCUGUAUAUACAAGUGAGAUAUGCCAGUAUCUAGAUAUUGGAGAGAAUUUAGAAGUAAACAAGAAUCCGCAUAAUCCAUACUAUAAGACAUGGGUGCAAUUUUAUGAUAAGUGGGCAAAAAAACCUUUAAUUACAUUUUAGCAAGUCAUUUUAUUAUCUUAGUUGUAUUAUCAGCUUAUUUACAUACCUACAUGACAUCAGGAAACAGAGUAGAGAAUCAAAAUAAACUGAUCUUAAUAAAUGUAGGCUAUUCUUAUUAAACUUUGAAAUAUAUUUUUUCCAGCAAAUUAUAACUCUAUACCCUUCAUUUUGUGCUAGACAGGUAAAACUGAAAUAAAAAUUAUAAAAACAA